AUGAAAAUUGCUGUUUGUUGCGCAAUGAAUCAAAAUAGAAGUAUGGAAGCGCAUAAAAUUUUAAAAGAUGCAGGUUAUAAAAUAGAUUCUUAUGGUACAAAUCAACAUAUAAAAAUACCAGGAGAAUCUCUAGAAACACCAAAUAUUUACCAGUUCGGUACAUCGUACAAAGAAAUAUACAAAGAUUUAAUAUAUAAAAACGCAUCUUUUUACGAAAAAAUUGGCAUUUUAAAAAUGCUUGAACGUAACAUGGCGAUUAAAGAUUCGGCUGAAUACUUUUUUAAUAAAGAUACAUACCAUGACCUUAUUAUAACAUCGGAAGAAAAGUGUUUUGUAACAAUUUACGAAAAUAUGGUUAAAUGUAAUGGAUCUUAUAAGUCCUUUAUAGUAAAUUUUGAUAUAAAAGAUACUAUUUUAGAUGCAAGUGCUGGUGCUCUUGAAAUUAAAGAUUUUGUUGAUUCUUGUAUGACUAUUACUGGGAAUUAUGAAUUUAGAAUAAUGAAAGCAUUGGAGCUUUACAAUAGAAAAUAUUCUAAAAAUAAUAUAUUUACAGUCAUUGAGUUUUAA